AUGGCUCUCGCAUCAGCAACGCCAUCUUCCUCCACUGUAUCUACUGCUACUAACACCGCAUCCACAACCACAUCUCACCGAACGCUUACCAUCACACUCAGCACCGUAUUUUCCGUUAUUGGUGCCCUGCUGCUUGUCGGUAUUGGCUUUGCUUGCUGGCGUCGCCGUCGCCGUCGCCCUCUCUUUCCUCGGGGCAUAUCUCCUAUCGAUGACGAUGAGAUCGAGACGUGGAAGGUUGGCCAGGCGGACAAGGCCAGCGAGGCGGGGGGUGUGAUCAGUCAGGCCAACGGCGGAGAGGAAGGCCACGGCCCAAGCUGGCCCCGGGCAGCUGCUAGACACUGGAGCGGCGUUUCCCAGAGAGCGAGAGCGAUGACAGUCGAAGAGCAGUACGCCCACCAAGCCAACACCCAAUUGACCCGACUUCGUGGCAUCAGUGUCGACAGCGGUGUCUUUGCAGCACCGCCACUCAGGAAGUCGCCAUCCAAGGUGAUCAUCGACGAGGAGCCAUCGACACCACGCCAAUACUACUCGACCUCCUACGGGAUUCCGGAAUCAGCUGUGACGGUACCGUUCCCCAGCGUCCCGGACUCACCAGCGGCUAUGGCUGCCGGUGCCGCAGCAGCCUCUUCGUGGAAGCACCAACAUCGGCAAUCGGACGAUCUGGCCUCGCCGCGAACAGGUCGAUCGGCUAGGUCUCUCUCGCUAGAACAAAGUGCACGCCCGCCCAUAAUAGGCCGCUUUAGCCUCGACCAGGACCGGAGUCGGAACUCUGCCCUGGCGCAGCUGAUGCCACAAGGCCAAUUUCCUGGCACACAACUGCCGGCUGCCGUACACGCCCGUGCUCCCAACUCCCGGCCUGGUUUGACGGACGAGACAAUCCCGGGCGACCCAUCGUUUCUGCCAUCGCCACGGCCUCUUCGGAAGCAAACAUCGCGGCUGGUUAAACAGCCGCCCAUGGCAGUAUCAGGAGCCAGCAGCAUUUCCGGAAGCCACUCGUUUUGGCAUGUGCGAACACGCAGCGGUCGCAGCAGCAGCGUUGCCAGCGGUCGGAGCUUAGGGUCAGAGGUAGGACUGCAACAACAGUCACAGCAUUACGAAGAGGAAUACGAGGAAGUGCCGCCGUUGCCAUUGGCACCAAUUCCAUCACAGGUCUCCCAGCCGCAUCGAAACCGGUCGACGAGCAACUUGGCUCAGACCAAUGCCGACGGCAACAUCAACAGCAGCAAGGGCCACGGCUACCUGCACCACCAGCACCCCCGAUUCUAUCAAGCAUCUGUUCCACCUCAGCUGUUGCUUGACGACGACGACAACAGCGACAACCAGGGAGCAACUUUGGGAGGCUUGUCGCCGCGCCCACGGGUGCCCGACCAGAGCAGGAUUGGUCGAGCGAUAGGAUGA